AUGCGCUUACUUCAAAAUAUAAUGAAAAUCUCUUUAAGACUGUCCCCUGAUUCGUAUCGAAAGCUAUCUAAACUGAUUCACGCUAAAGAUAUUUUUGGUAUUAUUUAUUUAAUUGGACACAUGAUUCUUGUACAGUACAUCACUUUUGUAGUAUUUCAAAUGGAUAUGUUAUAUAUAAAUUGCGUAUGCGUAUUAAAAGCCUGUUUUAAGGAAGUCAAUAAUAAUCUAAAGAAUUUACAAAAGCUCGUGAUAAGCGACGAACCGCAUCUUUUGAGGAGAAUUUAUCACGAACAGAGAUAUCCAUUCUUACUAACGGAACUUAAAGUUUUGAGAAAAAAGCAUUUGGUGAUUAGUGAUACAGUGCAAAUGUUGAAUAUGAUUUUCAGUCUACAGCUUCUUGCUACUAUAGUUAUGACUUUUGCUGAAAUUACCUUUUAUCUGUAUUUUUAUAUAAUUAAUUAUAUAGAUAACACGAAAAUAAACUACAUGCUUUAUAAUAUGUUAUUGAUAAUAUCUUUGAUGUAUCAAUGCACCAAAAUAUCAUUGAUGGGAUGGGCUUGUGAUACAGGCAAGGAUGAGGCAAUAAGGGUCGGUACCAACGUCCAUGAAAUACUGAAUAAUAUUAUGGAUGAACAAAUCAAAGAUGAAUUGCAGCUGUUUUCCUUGCAAGUACUAAAUCGAGAAAAUACAUUUUCUGCUAAGGGUCUUAUACUAGACGCAACGCUUGUCGUUGCGGUAGUGAGUAACAUAACUACAUAUCUAUUAAUUUUAAUACAAUUUUUAAUUACCAAUCAAGUUUGCAAUAAAAAGGUUACAAACGAUAUCGCAUAA